AUUGAAAACAGGACACAACAUCUAAUCGAACCACAAAAGAAAGACGCCAUUGUGGAAAAGCUUGUCGAUAAAUCUGAAGGGCUCAUGCUGUACGCCUAUUUUCUUGUUUUAUAUAUUGAAGAGAAUAAAUCAGUUCUGGACCAGGAAGAUAUUGAUGGUAACUUGCCAUUAGCAAUUUCUUCAGCCUACCAUUCUUAUUUCAGACGACUAGAGAACGAACUUAAGAAGGAACUAGGCGUCAACGAAGACAAUUUUCUGAACCUCCUUUCUGCUGUUAUAGCCUCCAGAGAGCCCAUGCCAAUUGACUUUGUUUUUAAACUAUUGGGAUCCAACGUCAGCUCACCACUUGCAAGGCGGAAAGUACUUAAAGCUGUCAGCAGUGUGUCGUCACUUCUUCCAAUUCGUGAUGGCUGUCUUCACGUCAUUCACAAGUCGGUUAAAGACUGGUUGACAGACGCAUCUUGUUAUGGGGAGCAUGACUUCACCAUGGACGAGAAGGAAGGCCACCGUAUACUUGCAAGCCUCUGUGCCGAUGAACUUGAUCAUAUGAAGCAGAAAGGUGUACAUGACGUACAGUUUAGCUCCACAGAGAAGUAUGCGCUACAUCAUGGUGUACGACACAUGUUGCAGUUAGAUGACAAUAUGAGACCGCGGAGUCUGGAGAAAUGUGUCGAAACAUACGUGACAGACUUAGAUGUUUUGUACGCAAAGGUGUGUGCUAACAGUUCAAUGGCAGCUGAAGAAAUUUUAUGGCUUCAAAGUCAGGAACUUUCUCGCGCCCUCUGUGCAGACAGUAAAGAUUCUCUGAACCUCUUAACGGUACUUUUAAGGAAGUACUUCAAUACUUUUACAGAUUAUCCUUACGUAUUUUUCCAAACCUUGCUGAGUGAGGGAGGAUCAGUCCUAUCUCCUAUGGCAUCAAACAUGUUACAGAAGAAAUACCCUGAAAUACCUUACAUGGAAUUUGUGAACAAGGAUACACAACAGGGAGCUGUUCUAGCCCGUUUUCAAUGUUCAUCUCAAGUGGCUUGUUUUGAUGUCUCACCACGGUUAGAUUACAUGGUGUGUGAAUGUGAUGACGGAACGAUUCACUUGUGGUCUCUCAAUACUGGCAAGUUGGUAUGGGAACGCCCCGCUAUGAUAAGGAAAUCGUACUCCACAGGAGCAUUUAGGAGGUCGCCAUCUUCACCUGUCUUUUCAAUUUACCGCUCAGUUGUGUUUCAUCCUACUGCAGAUUUUGUCUUACCAGGAGUCCUUAGCCAUGCGUAUGAUUUCAACGGAGAUCUGAAACCCCUCUUUCUCGAAAGCAACUGCAAUUUCACCGUAUGCUCAAUUUUAGGACACAAGGCAAUGAUGUUGACUGAUUGCCCUGAUGAUGCAAGAUGCAUACUAAUCUGGAGCCUAAAGGAUGGUUCAGAGAUUCGCCGAAUCACCACAGUUGAAGAUGUUUUGUCUUUUGCGUGGUCUCGCGAUGGAAGACUACUAGCAAUCUCCCAUUGUACGGGUUCCAUUUCUCUUAUUGAUGUGAUUGAUGGUUUUAGAAUACUAGGACAAACGGCUACCCCAAAGGUUUGUGGCAUGAUAAAGUUUUCACCUGACUGUGGAACUCUUUUUUGUUGCCAUUUAUCACUGAGUGAUCUGAAAGAGUCUCUUUUUCGUUUGAAAUUCAACAUCAUGGAUCCCACCUUUCGGCUGGAUAGUGUAGAAUCCUAUAUACCAUGGGAUUUGGAAUCAAGCAGUGAAGGUGGAUUUAUGUUAGGAGAUCCCCUGUCAUCUUCAUUUGACAACUCGUCUCUGGCCGUUUUUGAUUGGAAAUUUGAUUUUGUUCUUAAUCAGCAAACUGUUUUGAGGAGCUGUCCCCGUGGUGUUUGUGUUGAUAUGUUGAAUAUUAACGAAACACGUGGAACUGAGAAGGAAUUCGAAGGUCCACUUAGCAGCAUCAAACAAAGUGAAUUUUCUUUGAGGGGCGAGACCAUUUAUAUUGUCAGUGAUGAUGAAAUCAGAAUGCAAACAGUCAGCGCUUGGGACGUUACAAAUGGGAAGUUCAUUGCAAAGAAAAACAUGCAACUGGCUAAGUCCACCCGUUUUCUGGAACGCUGUCUCAGUUAUCUCGCUGUUGUACAAGAGGGUAUUGUGUUAUCACCAAGAGAUGGUACUCUUGAAUUGUGGAAUUUUAAAUUGUCUCAGUGCUUCCGACGUUGGACCCAGCUCUCCAGAAUCACACAGAUUAUUACGAUAUCUGCGGAACGAGUGGCAUGUGUAUAUGAAGAUGGAUGGACAGAAGCGGUGAUCGUCCUGGAUACCUCUACGGGUGAAAUCAUGUCGAAAAUCGAAACUGAUUGCAAUGUUUAUGUGGCCUGUAAUAGCAAAUGUCAGGUGUUAACCUUUAGAAGAGGAUCAUUAGAGUUGUAUGAUGGCCCAAGUAAAGUCUGGAUGACGUAUCUAUACGACCAGCUGUCUUUACCCACGUUAAGUUAUUGGAUUCCACCAGGCCUCUUUUCUCCUGCAGAGCAGUUUGUUGUAACUUGGUCAAGGAAUGAGAUGUUGGUUCUUGAUACGGUUUCAGGAAAAACGGUACACAUUUUAUGUAGAAAUGAUCGGGUCUCUGAUUGCAAAUUUGUCAGUGACAAGGAGUGUGUUGUCAGCUCCAGAAGUCGCCUAGGGGGUUAUUCUCUUCGACUGUUCAACGUCAAGUCUGGUGACCUGCUGAGUAUUAUCAACUUGGAAAGAGAAGUACAAUAUUUAGCAGCCUGCCCUCGAACGCGUCUCGUCGCCAUUAAUCAGCGUUACUUUAAACACGGAUUCGGAUUUAAACUUAUCCAGGUUCAGUUAGUACAAGAUAAAGGCAACAGGAAGAGCAAACGGAUGGCCAACGCCCUUGAGAUCCAAGAUAGCAGAGAGAACGAGAGAGGGCUUGAAAAUCUGGAUGUUAAAGAAAAGAAACAAGAAACUGAUACUUCUGAAGAGCGAAUAGAAGAAUCACCAUCAUGUUCUGGCACAAAACGCGCUAAACGCACGCCUGACCACCGUUCAGGUACUUCUAGAGAGGGAAGUGAAGAAUCACCAUCAUGUUCCAAUUCAACAUGCCCUAAACUCAAGCCUGAGCACCGUUUAGCUGCGGUUCUCAAAGAAGGCACACCCUCAUCUAAUGAUCUAGAAGAACUGUCCCGAAGGAUUGUUAAGGACUGGAAGAAACUUGGGCGUCGGUUGUUAGACAAUGACGAGGACGCGCUAGAUUCAAUUGAUAAAGAGAAUGAGGAAUACUCUGAGAAAGCUUACAAAAUGUUGUUGAGAUGGAAACGGAUAAAAGUCUUAGGUGCAACUUUCCAAGUCUUGUAUGACGCCUUGUGCCAUCAUUUAGUAACUCGUCAAGAUUUAGCCCAAGAAUUCUGUUUGAAGGACCAUGAUUAACAAAUCCAAUUCUUGUACAUUAUUCCAAUAUUAUAGGCGCGCAGGGCGUGCAGAAAGCUUUAAAUGCAGGACUAUCAUUGAUAGCUUAGUUACGCCUGUAAAGUAGAGAAUAUAACAAGUUUUCAAACUUGCGUUGGAAACAGUUGCAUUUACAAAUUUAGCUAUCCUCGCUCCUUCUAUUGUUUGGAAGUAAAUUUACGGAACGUUUGCACAAUUGGCCGGUCACUGUUUCACAGGAAACAGGCUUUGUAGGAUAUGCGAUGAAUUAUGCACGAAACAAUUUUUUUCUUUUUCUAAUACUUGCGAAGUAACGAAUACAAAACUUUUGAGAAAAGAAUGGGCCGGGUCCAGAAAAAUAAGAAAAACCUACAUAGCGUGGUAUGAUGGCAUGAGGGAAAUCCACUCAUAGUCUGCAUAAUAUAGAUGUCGUUAAAAAAGCACGUGGUCCAUAAAUAUUUUAAAAAUUUUUUCCUUGCAAAUAGCGUUGAUAAAAUGGAGCAAGUGAAUUUCUUACACCCUAACGAAUGUUUUAAUUCGUUGACAACCAUUCCAAUAAUUACGUUUGCAUUCAAUCUCGGCAAACACUUGAGGAGGGGGGUGAAAAGGUUUUCGGAUCGACGGAUUUGGUCUUAAAAAGCGCACGGAUUGUGGAUUUUUGCACUAAAG